AUGGUUCGCCCUUUCAAGUUCGGCAGCGAACUUUGGGAUCCGUCCCACCGGUUCGAGACCUCAUGGCUGUUACCACCCUACGUGCUCUUCUUCUGUAGAUCGGUGUUCUCCCUCUAUGCCUUCACAACCCUUUUCUUCGUUAUCGGCUGGUCGUGCACCCAUCCCGCCGAAGGGUCCUCGUACGCCUGCGAGGAUGCCGCCGCAAACUUCUCUUACUUCACGACGCUGACAUACUGGGGCAUCGCCUUCUAUUUCCUCUUCUCCUCGAUCCACACCUUCUCGUAUGCCCGCUGGCAGUCGGCCCCUCUCGACUCGUGGCCGCGGCCCCUACAAGCCCUGCACUCCCUGUUCUACACGACCAUUACCACGUUCCCAUUCCUCGUCACCAUCGUCUACUGGGGUUUACUAUACGGACCCGAAUGGUUCCCGACGCAGUAUCGCGCAUGGAGUAACAUUUCUCAACAUGCCAUGAACAGUAUGUUCGCCCUGUUCGAAAUCAUAAUCCCGCGCACGAACCCGGCCCCCUGGCUACAUAUCGCCUUCCUCAUCGUCCUUCUGGCUCUGUACUUGUCCUUGGCGUAUUUGACGUACCACACCAAGGGCUUCUACACGUACAGCUUCCUCGACCCAGGCAAGCAGCACUCACUGGUGGCCGCCUACGUGUUUGGCAUCGCCAUCGCUAUCAUCAUGAUCUUCGCUCUUGUGUGGGGUCUCAUCUGGACGCGCAGGUGGGCGACGGAGAAGAAGCUAGGUAUGGAUGGUAAGUUUGCCCGCGGCGCGCAUCCCACGUGGGGGGGCGAGAAUGAGAGGUAUGAGAUGGGCAGUCCGACUGCGUUUGCUCACAAGUGA